AGAAGAAAUCGCACCGUGUACACGUUUAGUAAAGAGGCGAUCCUUCCUGUAGUCUUUUGUUCUUCAUUUUUUUUUUCCCGCGAUCGAAAUUUCUUGGAUUUUCCGUUUUCUGACGUUCAAAGGCUUAAAGGGAGUUCGAUUCCUUCAACCAUGUUCAAGUCCUUCUGGGGUUCUCAGGAGCAACAAUCUCAGCCACACCCACAAGAGGCUCCUACACAGUCUUGGUAUCCUUCUUCACUGGUUGGCUCACCAAGUUCAUCACGGCCUUCAGACCGGCCACAGUCUCCAUCACAUGUGCAGCUUUCGCCUGCUGAAGCUGCGGGCAUGAUUGGUCUGUUAAAGGACAAAAGUGUUGACGAGUUGCGGAAGCUUUUGUCAGAUAAAGAUGCAUACAACCAGUUCUUGCUCUCCCUUGAUCAAGUGAGGACACAGAAUAAUCUACGGGAUGAACUCCGGAGGGAAACAUUGCAGCUUACAAGGGAAAACUUGGAGAAGCAACCACGCAUCUUGGAACUUACAAACCAGUGCAGAAUCAUUCGGACAACAGAGUUAGCUACUGCUAAAGAGAAACUAAAUGAUCUGGAGAGACAAAAAGAAGAAACCCUGAGGUAUUCACCCUCAAUGCUGCUCCAUAGGCUGCAAGAUGCAACGAACAAGGCUGAAGAGGAAUCUGAAACUCUCCACCGGCAACUACUUGAGAGAGAGAUUGAUAUGAGUGUUUUUGUACAGAAGUACAAGAAGCUACGCACUACUUAUCAUAGACGGGUGCUCACCCAUCUUGCAGCUAAGACAUCCUCUGUGUGAGUGUGCAUCGAUGUAUGUAUAACUAUGACA